AUGGCUGCUAAUGAGGUGGAACGCACCAAGGAAGGCGUUCCCAAGUGGGAUGGCAGUGCGAACACGUUUACUGCAUAUGAAGAAGCUUGUUAUUUAUAUGAAGCCGGAACGGAGAUGCACAAAAGAGCCUUGUGUGGACCUCGACUAGUCUCGGAGCUGAGUGGGGCAGCGAAGAGAAUGGUGUCGGGACGGAGCCCAACCUGGGUGUCCAACUAUGAGGGGGUGCGAGUGCUUCUAGAGUUCCUCCGUCAAUGCUUGGGGAAACCCCAGAUUCCUGAGAUGACGGAGCAUCUGUCGAAGUACUUCAAGCAUUGCCGUCGUAGAGCACAAGAGUCAAUGAACGAGUACAUCACAAGGAAGGCGGAGGCCUACUUACGUGCAGAACAAGCUUUGCAGCGUGUAAUCGCCAGCCAGAAGAAGAAGCCCGGGACGCAGAAGCCUACUACCUCCUCCGAGGAGCCCGGAAGCCGUCAGGACAACUGGAGUUGGUACCCCAGCCGGAGAAGUAGCGUCGACAGCUCCAAUGAUGCCGCGGCCGAGCCAGAAGAGCAGGCCGAUGAGCAUGGUGAGACGGCCAGCACCCGAGACACCUGGCAUGAUUGGCAGAGCCAAAGCACAUCAUGGUCGUGGGGCUAUGGGAACUAUGACGCCUACAACUACGGGGGAACGUGGGGCAGGUGGUCUUAUCCCUAUGACUACGGCAGCUGGUGGCGCAACAAGCCAGAGGCUACAGAGCCCAAGGAGGAGAGUGGAGAGGCGUGGAUGUCUCGAACAGACCUGAGUGAAGAGGGUCAAGCAGCGAUGGAGGCAGCAGAAGUGGAGGCGCAGGAAGCUUUGGCCGCCAUCACGGCGGGGAAGCGGACCCUGAGAGAGGCCCGUUUCCGACAGCAUCAGGUGAAGAUGGGACGCCAGUAUUUUCGCAACGGGCCACGCGGCCCAGCCUCCUCGUCCAGCUCCUCUUCUACCAGAGGCAAUGACACAAGUUACAACAAGGAUGCAAACAUGACAUGUUUGAAGUGUGGCAAGGCGGGCCAUCGUGCAGCGAACUGCAAGGAUGGGCCCAACAAGGCGUUGAAGGUGGACGAGGUCCAUGAGGAGCAAGCUCCCUUUGUGUGCUUUGGCGACCAUGGCACCGUGGGCUUCGCAAGCCUUGAGGAAGCGGCCAGCGCUUUCUUGGGCACUGAGGCGAUGACAACAGCGGAGGCGGUUCGUGAAGGAUAUGCCAUUCUCGAUGGCGGCGCCACCCGAACGUUGGCCUCAGUGCAUGCGAUAGAGUGUCUGAUGCAACAGAACCAAGCCCUGCAUGGAGAUGCUCGGAUCCACGAUGUGGACGUGGACAACACACCCACCUUCGGCUUCGGGAACUCCAGCUCAGAUCGAUGUGUCAGCACUGUGAGCGUAGGAUUAAAGGCUGACGGGAAGGAUGGUGAAAUCACCAUCCACGCCCUCAACAAAGGGGAGGGCCCAAUUUUGCUUUCCGUGGCCACCUUGAGGAAGCUUGGUGCGGUUUUGGACUUCGAGAAUGAUCUUGUCGUUUUCCGUCGGUUGAAUGGGAAGAAGAUUAUCAAGGUGGGCCGAUCAGCCACGGGGCACCAGACCCUCUCGUUGAAGGAUGAUCUGUAUACCAAUGCCCAAGAAGCCACGCAGGAAGUUCCCAGCCUUCGCGAGUUUCUGCCAAAGGAAGAGAUGCUCAGGAUGCUGGCCGAGAUCGGCGAGCACGUGCCCGACAACUGGACCAAGACCCAAAUCCGACAUCGGUUGGAGGGAGUCUACCAGGCCCGCGGCUUGGAUGUGGAUGCUGCUUUCAAGAAGCAGAAGACCCCGCUUCGCUCCAAGAUCGUCCAGCUCAACACCGCAUCGCGCAAGAAGGCGGAGCUCGUCAAGUUGCUCCAGGAAGAGUUCAUGAUGGAGGUGAACCCACUCCAGACGGUGAAGCAGCUGCAGGCGAAGGGCUUGGACUACAUCUACGAGAACACCGCGUGCUCACCGGAGGAGAAGGAAUGCUCGAUCCACCUUCGGCGUUUGGCUAUGUGGCUGGAGCAGGAGAAGAUACAGCCCAUCCAAGUCGACAUGGGCACGAUCGCGGGCGGACUCAAGGAACCGCCGCCCGAGGAACCACGGUCGUCUACAGCGGCGACUCUUCCGCCCAAGGCCAAGGCGAGUCCAAAGAAAUCGGGCUACAAGACACGGGUGGAGGCAGCCGCCUCCAGUGCAGCGAGCGAGGUGUCGAUCAAGACGGAGGUGCUCCAGGACUUGGUGCACUCAGUGGCGGCGCUACGCGAGGAGGUGGCGACCUUGAAGGAGGAGCGGCCUCGCAAGAAGGAGAGCCGCAGCGAGUUCUCCUUGGUGAGUUCCCAAGGGGAGCAAGAUGCUGCCUGGAGCCUAGUUCCGAAAACUUUCCAGGCACUGGUCAAUCAAGGGCGGCCAGUGUUGAUGGAGAUCGGUUGUGAGCUGAGCUACCAGGCCGUGUACCAGGAGUGUGCAGGCCAGACAGGACUGCCUGAGGAAAGAGACCAAGUGGAAGAGUGGGCGAGACAGCUGCGCCUUCAGGGCGCAUACGGCUUUCAGGCCUGUGAGGAGUUUCUUCAAGCUUUCCCGGAAGGGGCGAUGAAGGGCAAGCGAGAGAUGGUUGUAGGGAAAAGUUCGGAGUACUUGACCUUCGGAGCUUUCAGCCAUGGAGGCCAGUACGGUGUUACCGUGGGUUGUAACAGGUUUCCCGAAACCAUUAAGUACCUGAAUGCCUUUAUCAGGAGCAAAGCCCAAGAGCAUGAUCACUGGUCGUCUUUCACUAUCAACCGCAACCAGAAGCUUCCCCUACACCGCGACGUCCACAAUCACCCCCAGGAGCUCAGUUUGAUUUGUGGUUUUGGGACGUACACUCAAGGGGAACUUUGGGUUGAGGACCCGGAUGUUGGCGAGAGGGAAAAGGUUGUUCAGAAUCUUCCGGAUGGUCGUAGGAUAGAGGGUCAGAACCUGAACAUUCACCACCAGUUUCAACGAUUCAACGGCAAAGAGUGA